GCAGCAUGUAGCGUCACUGACACCGACCAAUCAGAUAACGUAGCUGCUAAAAGCUUAGCUCGUCUUCUGUAGCUAGCAUAACUGUACGAGGCUGUAAACACAUUCUAUAUUCGGAUAUAUUCCUCUUUUCCCGAGGUCAUAGGUCAUUGCCACAGGCUGUUCAUGGUGACCUCCGGGAGAGAAGAUCCUCAUCAUCAUCAUCAUCAUCAUCAUCAUGUCCUUAACUGAGGAGAAGCCUGAGAAACACUGCUGGGUGUGCUUCGCCUCUGAGAGAGACGACCUUAAUGCCGACUGGGUGAGCCCCUGCAGGUGUAAAGGAUCCACUAAAUGGAUCCACCAACUGUGUCUUCAGCGCUGGCUGGAUGAGAAGCAGAAAGGAAACGGCGGAGGAGCAGUGAGCUGUCCUCAAUGUGGCACCGAAUACCACAUCUCCUUCCCUAAGAUGGGCCCCUUGGUGUUUCUGCUCCAGCAAGUGGACAGAGCACUCUCACGGAUCAGUCCAUUUGCUGCUGUGGGGGUGAUGGUCGGCACCAUCUACUGGUCAGCCGUCACAUACGGAGCUGUGACUGUCAUGCAGGUCGUUGGACACAAGAAGGGUCUUUACUUGAUGGAGCGAGCCGACCCGCUCUUCCUGCUCAUGGGGCUGCCCACUAUCCCUGUCCUGCUGGUGCUGGGAAAAAUGAUCCGCUGGGAGGACCAUGUGGUGAGGCUGCUGCAGAGGUACUCAUACAGAGGGAAGCUGCCGCCAGGUACACACACACACAUACACACACACACACACACACACACACACACACACACACACACACACACACACACACACACACACACACACACACACACGACUGUGUGGAGAUAAUUAAUUAUUGGUUUUGGCCAACAGAUACAAUUUUUCAAUUGCGUGCAAUCACAUGAAUCUCUGUGAUUUAAUUGCCUUGUAAUGUGCGAAAUUCAGCAAUGAAUCCAAAAGUUGUGUGUUGCGUACUUUUAUUUUAAAGUACUGCUAUAUGAACAAAUACACUAACAUUUGGCUGGCAAACACAUUAAACAAAUAAGGUGUUUCUUAAACGGCAGCAUUCCUCUUUACACAGCAGCAAGUACAAUAUUGUAAAUCUCAACUU